AUGUCAGUAACUAUAGAAAAGAUUACGGAACCUUUACUGUUGGGAGAAGGUCCACAUUGGGAUGACCGCAAACAGGCUCUAUACUUUGUCAGCAUUAAACAAAAGACCAUACAUAAGUAUGUGCCAGCCAGUGGAACUCACACCAAGACUCAAUUAGAUGGUCGUGUAGGUUUCAUAAUUCCAGUAGAUGGUACAACUGACCAGUUUGUAGUGGGAGUGGAGCGCAAAUUUUUAAUUAUUCAGUGGGAUGGUGAGGAAGGGAGCAAGGUUCAAGUUCUUAAGGAAUUAGCGGAAGUAGAUCAAGAGAUCCCAACAACAAGAAUCAAUGAUGGGAAAGCGGAUCCUAAAGGCAGACUAUUUGCAGGUACCAUGGGACAUGAAGAGUCUCCAGGCAACUUCCAGAAAGAAAAAGGCUCUCUCUACCGAAUAGAUAGGAGAGGAGUGGUAAAGAUGUGUGAAAGUGUAAGCAUCUCAAACGGUUUGGCAUGGGAUCUUAAAGAAAAAGCAUUCUAUUAUACAGAUUCUUUGGAGUAUAAAAUAAGGCGAUAUGAUUAUGAUGUGGACACUGGAGAUAUUUCUAACAAAUCAUAUAUAUUUGACCUCAAGAAAAACAAUAUAACUGGUAUUCCUGACGGUAUGACCAUCGACACGGAUGGUAAUCUAUGGGUGGCGAUUUUCGAUGGAGGUUGCGUUCUGAAAAUUGAUCCCAAGUUGGGAACUAUAUCACAGAAAAUUCAAAUACCUGCUAAGCAAAUCACCUCUGUCACAUUUGGGGGAUGCAAUUUAGAUGUCCUGUUUGUAACAACUGGUAGCAUGCCUAUAAAAGAAGAGCAGGAACCGCCUUGCGGGGCCACCUUUAUGGUGACAGGGUUGGGUGUGAAGGGCCAUCCAAAUGUAAAUUUUAAACUGCCUUAA